AUGAUUAAAAUUGGACUUUCUAGUUUUUGUACACUUGCAAAUUUGUUAUUUGCAUUUGAACUUGAAUCAAAUCUUAGUUUUUCUGUUGCUCUUCCAAUGGCUUUUAUUAUUGCACUUUUUAUUGGUUUUAUGCACAGUUCAUAUCCACUAUUAUAUAAAAAACAGAUUAGUACUGUACAAUGGACUCAAGAUCAAUUUAAAAUUUACUUAAGCAUUUAA